AUGGACAAUCGAAACCUAAGCUUUCUUAAUUCUUAUUUGGCGUCAACUGUUGAUAACGAAAUAUCUGAAGAGUCUCUCAAUUAUUCAACAGAAAACCUUGGACAAGAGAUCUUGAUCAUGACAAUUGAAAUCGGAGAUGGCAUCACUGAUGAACUUAUUGUUAGAGAAAACGAUCGUCCAAGCGUCCUAGCUGACCAAUUUUGUAGGAAACAUGGGAUGGGCCCUGACGUAAAACAAGCUCUAUUGCAACAGAUUGAGCAAAACUUAGACAUAAUAUACAAAGAAGAAGCACAAGGAAAUACUUCGCUUUUAAAUGAGAGUUAUGAAAAGCGGCCAGUAUCCAAUAAUUCCUUUCUAAAAAACUCCACACAGAACAGCAAGUCAACCACGCCUACUCCAGGUCCAAACUCUCGAUCCAGGCCAAAUACCUCCUUUGAAAAGCAAAAGUUCGAAAAUGUGACCGGUAAAACUUAUGCCAAGCCCAACCCUCAAGACAAACGGUCAGCCAGUGCACCACGAGAACAAAGAAAAUAUGGCUUCAACUCAGACCACUCAAAUAACGGCGAAAAGCUUUACUAUAAAGGGUUGCUUCUAAAAGACCGUACCGAAAAGAGAAUUCAAUACCUCAAGCACGUCCAGACAGAAGCAGCCAUGAAAGACAUCACCUUCCACCCAAGGAUCAACUCAAGAAGUUCUUAUAGAAGUCAGAACCCUGAGGUGUAUUUGCUUGAAAAAGGCAAAGAAAGGAAUGAAUUUUUGGAGAGAAAACGAGGCGAAAAAUUAGCUGAAGAAAUGAGUAUGUGCACCUUUAGACCGAAUAUUGACAAGAAAAGCACAAUUCUUGCCCAGCUGAAAAGAAGGCCAAAAUCGCCUGACCGAUGUGUGGCUUUAUAUGAAAACGCAAAAAUAAUUGCAAAGAAGCAUAGUGACUAUAUUCAGAAUAGGCUAAAAGAAGAGUGCCCGUUCAUUCCAGAUACAAGCAAAACACAAAAAGUUAAUAAAUCUUUUACGACGAGAGUUAGGGAUAAGAUAUCAAACUCUCGGAAAUCUAUUGAGGAUUAUAUAAAUAGGUCAAAAAUUUUAGAGAAUAUUGACCCUGAGACAGGCCAGCAGCUAUUUCAUCCUAGGAUAGGGCGACCUCCUUCUAAAAGAUCGUCUAGCGCUAAAAAUAUUGGAGAAAGACUAUAUUCGGCAGGCAAACGCUCAUCAAGCCAAGAGUUCAAGCAAGAAUCCCCUAACUCCCCCCCUCCGUGAGUGAACAAAACCAUUAGAAAAAUCGCUAUUUUUUGACCAAAAACCCACCCUCCGUGAGUGAACAAAAAUUUUUUUAAUAGAAAAAUUUUUAAUGGAAAAAAAAUUUGAUAUAUAAGUGAUAAUUAGUAUAAUGAAAUCUAGAGCUAAUUCUGUUUAAUUUUAAACAAAUUGCAUUUUAAAACAUAAAUUUUAUAAAUUAAAUUAAUAUUUACUUCCCAAUUUUUGCAAAUUAGGAUUUUUUUAAAUUUCGAAAAAAAAAAAUUUUUGUAUAAAAUUUAUAUAUAAAUUUUUUAAAAAAAAAAAUUAACCCCCCUCCGUGAGUGAACAAAAUUUUUUUGUUCACUCACGGAGGGGGGGGAGUAAGAAACUUGCUAAUGCUGCGAGUGAAAAAAUUCUUGCAAAGGUAAAAAGCCAAAGGUAUCGUGAGCUGUUUGACUUGUUAUCUCCAAAUGAUGGAUAUAUUAAUAAAGAAACAAUCGAACGAUCUCACUUACCUGUAAUUCUAACUCUCUCUGUUUUAAUUAUUUAACUAUUCAAUUUUAUUUUUCAAAAUGUUUGGAUUUAGAUAGAAAAUUAUAGGUUUAAUUUAAAAAUAAAAGAAAAUCAAUUGAGUUAAAUUUUCGAUUUAUAAGGCUAAAAAAUAGUGUAAAUAAUUGCAAUGUAUCUAAAUACUUUUUAAUUUCUCUAACUCCCUCCCUCCUUGAGCGAACAAAAAAAUUUUGUACGCUCAGGAGGGGAUUAAUUUUUUUAAUUUAGAUUUGCAAACAUUGAGAAGAAACAAAUUUAAUUUUUCAAAGUAAGCUGUUUUAAAAUUAAACAGAAUCUGCUUGAAAUUUCAUUAUAAUAAUUGUCAUUUAUAUAUCAUAUAUUUUUAUAAAAAAAAUUCAUAUAAAAUAAAUUUUGGAAUUGCUUACGGAGGGUGGGCUAUCCGAAAUGGUUUUGAUAGAUCACUGAUGGGGAGUAAGAAAAAACCAAAAUUAUAUAGAUUCCGAAUCUUUAAAGGCUCACAUUUAUAUACAUAAAAUGGUGUAUGGCGACCGACCCGUCCUCUCAGUGACGGUAACCCGUGUAUAUCCGGGCAUGGUUUUCCGAAGAAGCGACUUAGCCAGCAAUAUCUGGACCCUGGUGGCGAUCGGGGACAAACACAGACCCGCUGAUCGUGUCCAGAUCAUAGGGCAGUUAGGAGCAUCUUCUUUUUCCAGCAGCGCCCCCAGCCAGUGGGUGCCCGAAAUGGAGCAGGGCGACUUACCUGCUCAAGCUGCUACUGUGGUCUGCCCCGAAUCGCGGAAGCGAUUGAGGAUUUUCUCAAGCGGAUAAGCUGGGAAAAGGGGAGGCAGAUUAGACGACAAGGAGGCGGUCUCUCCAGUCAAAAGGGCCCCAAAUUAAAGGGCGAUCUGGCCAACCGGAGGCAAAGACUGGCGUAAUUCGGGGCGGAAAGGCUGAGUUGGAAAAUGGUGGGUGCCCGGCGACGGUCGGCGACGACCCAAUAGGGCAACCCACCACCGAGAAACCAGGGGUUUCGGCCUGGGCUCAGAGAACCAGUGAUGGAAGUCCAUCCUUUUCGCUCGUACCGGCACGGCUCCUUAAGGAGCGCGGAGGAAUGCCACGCAUGGAAGCAGGGACCUUAAACACAUAUCGCUUAAUUAUUAUUAUUAUUAUUAUUAUUAUUAUUAUUAUUAUUAUUAUUAUUAUUAUUAUUAUUAUUAUUAUUAUAUUUAUUAUUAUUAUUAUUAUUAUUAUUAUUAUUAUUAUUAUUAUUAUUAUUAUUAUUAUUUAUUAUUAUUAUUAUUAUUAUUAUUAUUAUUAUUAUUAUUAUUAUUAUUAUUAUUAUUAUUAUUAUUAUUAUUAUUAUUAUUAUUAUUAUUAUUAUUAUUAUUAUUAUUAUUAUUAUUAUUAUUAUUAUUAUUUAUUAUUAUUAUUAUUAUUAUUAUUAUUAUUAUUAUUAUUAUUAUUAUUAUUAUUAUUAUUAUUAUUAUUAUUAUUAUUAUUAUUAUUAUUAUUAUUAUUAUUAUUAUAUUAUUAUUAUUAUUAUUAUUAUUAUUAUUAUUAUUAUUAUUAUUAUUAUUAUUAUUAUUAUUAUUAUUAUUAUUAUUAUUAUUAUUAUUAUUAUUAUUAUUAUUAUUAUUAUUAUUAUUAUUAUUAUUAUUAUUAUUAUUAUUAUAUUAUUAUUAUUAUUAUUAUAUUAUUAUUAUUAUUAUUAUUAUUAUUAUUAUUAUUAUUAUUAUUAUUAUUAUUAUUAUUAUUAUUAUUAUUAUUAUUAUUAUUAUUAUUAUUAUUAUUAUUAUUAUUAUUAUUAUUAUUAUUAUUAUUAUUAUUAUUAUUAUUUAUUAUUAUUAUUAUUAUUAUUAUUAUUAUUAUUAUUAUUAUUAUUAUUAUUAUAUAUUAUUAUUAUUAUUAUUAUUAUUAUUAUUAUUAUUAUUAUUAUUAUUAUUAUUAUUAUUAUUAUUAUUAUUAUUAUUAUUAUUAUUAUUAUUAUUAUUAUUAUUAUUAUUAUUUAUUAUUAUUAUUAUUAUUAUUAUUAUUAUUAUUAUUAUUAUUAUUAUUAUUAUUAUUAUUAUUAUUAUUAUUAUUAUAUUAUUAUUAUUAUUAUUAUUAUUAUUAUUAUUAUUAUUAUUAUUAUUAUUAUUUUAUUAUUAUUAUUAUUAUUUUAUUAUUAUUAUUAUUAUUAUUAUUAUUAUUAAUAAAGGCUCACAUUUGGAACUAUUUUGGGCUAGGCUUGAAAUAUUGUUUUCAAAAAAAAUGCAACCGUCGCAUGUUUGCCAUACAAAAUCGUUUUUUGGCAAGCUCGUAAAUAUCAAAUGGCAGUUACACUUUAUAUGAAAAUUCAAAUUUUAGCUAAAAGACUAUUAUGCCAAUUUAAAAGGAUUAAUGGGCUUUUAGCAAACUCUGUAUAUUUUUUAAUGAUGCCUAAAACUUUUUUUUGCAAAAAACAUAUUUUUAUUCAUUACUAAUGCUCAGAGAGUAAGAAGGAUUUUGACUCCUUUACUAGACGAACUAGCCAAGCUAGAUGAAAGACUUAACUAUGAAGAAUUUUAUGAUUCCAUGGAAAUGCUUAUGAAAGUGCUCAAUCCAACUGAAAAGAGUUUGCUACUUAUGACUAGAAAACCUCAGCAAGAAAAGACUGAGUACUCUUUCAAGCCUUCCCUCAACGUUUCUUAUUCAAGUGACAGCUCCAGAGAGCCAAUUUAUCAACGACAGCUAAGAAAGCUGCAAGAAACCGAAGAAAGGAUCAAGCGAGAAAGGGUCGAAAAGGCAGCUGCCGAGAUGAGCGAAUGCACUUUUAAGCCCAAAAUCAAGAAAUACUCAGCCCGAGAACUGACUGAAGACAGUUUCAUGGACUCGAGCUCGUAUUUUGUAUACAAACCCAUUGUAGAUGACAGCUCCAUGUGGCUUGUCUAG